CUUAAAAAAAACUAUGAAAACUGUCACUGCUUUAUGAGUAGCAGUGCGGAUCAAAAACCCUCGACUAGUAGAUGUGUUAACUGGAAUGCACAAUAAUUAAACUUAAUUGAGCUACUCAUUUGUGUGGUGAUUAGAUCUUAAAAUUAGUAGGUUCCUCAUAAUGUAGGGCCUCAAGAUAAAAUGUUAAAAUUUUAGAUAAAAAACUAAUUUUUAGGUAAAAGAAAUCUAAAGAAGCUGGCAAUGAUGAGAUGGAUGAACAAUCUAAAGAAGCUGGCAAUGAUGAGAUGGAUGAACAAUCUGCAUCUUGUAAUGAUCAUGGUUAUCUAGUUCAUGACCAUUCCUAUCACAUGACUUCAGAUGAUGAUGUUGAGGCUUCUAUGCCCAUUCAAAAACAAAUCAAUUCAGUGGAAAAACUGGAGAACGAGGUAAAAGAGCUCCAGGAAGAAAUUAGGAACCUCCAAAUGAGGAAACCCAAAAUGACGGUGGGAGACAUCCUGGAAGAUUCCGAAAAGAUGCUGCUUUACACCUCAUUUCCAGCAGACGUCUUCAAUGUUAUUGUGCAAAUUCUCAAGCGAAUGGCGCCGUUUAAUUAUUAUGCUGGUUGGGAGGUCACCUGCUUUAGUUUAGAGGACCAACUGCUAAUAUGUUUGAUGAAGCUACGCUUAAACUUUCGAGAUCUAGACCUUGCUAUUAGAUUUGGUACAAGCAGAUCUACAAUAUCUAACAUUAUAAAUACAUUUAUCUCUGCUCUUCAUGAAAUCUUUUUUGAUGGUGUAUUGAAAGCUGUGGGUAUUCCUUCUCAAUUAAAGUGCAAAGGGUCUAUGCCAAUAUCCUUUUCAGAUUUCACCUCGGCAAGAAUUGCCAUGGAUGCCACAGAAAUCACCCAAGAUAUACCAUCAAAUAUGAAUAGUCAAUCACUUACAUACAGCAACUACAAAAGCCGACACACUGUAAAGGCGGUGACCUGUGUGGCUCCAAAUGGUGCUCUUGUAUUUACUUCCGAUUUAUAUCCCGGUUCCACAUCUGAUGCAGCCAUAGUACAGCAUUGCAAAGUUCUUGACCAAUUACAGCCUGGAGAUCUUAUUCUUGCAGAUAAAGGCUUUAAUAUUUUUGACAAACUUCCUUCCGGGGUAUCCUUAAACAUUCCACCCUUUUUGUCAAAUAAAUCGCAUUUUACCAAAGAAGAGGCAAAACUUUGUUAUAAAAUUGGACGUAGUAGAAUUCAUGUCGAGAGAGCAAACGAAAGGAUAAAAAAUUAUGAAAUCCUUAAUCAUGUGCCAGCUCAGUAUAGACAUUUGACGACAAAGUUAUUUCAAUUGUGCUGCUGUCUAGUUAAUUUGCAGGCCCCCCUUCUUAAGGAGAUUGCUGACAAAUAUGAGCUACUGUAAGAGUAGAUUAUAGGCCACAAUUUUUGAAUGCUAUACAUGUUGACUGGAAAUACAUGUAGAUCUCUCUUUGUAUUAUUAUAUGACGGCUCUUUUAAUUUUUUAUUCACAUGCAUGUUAGGGGAGAGAUCAAAAAAUCAAUGUCAGAUAAAAAUCUAAAUUCAAAUACCAUUAGUUAUGGGGAGGAUGGUAAAUAUACCUGUAAAUAUGUCAUCUGAAAUCGAUUUUCACAUAAAAAUCAUUAUCAACAUUCAUCAUAUGUACUUGUGAGGAGGAUCUUUAUGAAAAAUAUUUGAAGUUAGUUUUUUGUCAGUCAUUGAAUUUUGAUCUCACCUCUUACAAGCAUGAUUAUUGGCAAAUGUAUCAGAUAAGAAAUUCAUACUGUGUAAUUCUUAAAUUGUUACUU